UCAGGCAGCAGCGGCUGUGGCAGAGAGAGAGAGAAAGACAGAGGAAAAGGGGAGUUGGGGGGGAGGGAAGCAGGCAGUCAGGCAGGCAGGCAAGGCAGGCAGACAGGCAGGCAGGCAGGCAAGCAGGCAGGCAGGCAGGCAGACAGGCCGGAACCGAGGAGAAGCGGAGCCUAGACCUAGCUGGAGCUGCGAGAGGGAACAGUGACAGCAGCAUAAGAAUCUCGAGGAGCUCCGAGGCAAGACCAUGGCUCCCGGGGUCCUCCGGCCUCCAGAGAUCCGAAUCUGCCAUCCCGGGUGGGGGAUGGACUGACUGCCUGCUUGUCUGUCUCUCGCUGACACCGCCGCCUACAAUGUGAACCGGAUUCCGCCUGCCGCUUGUUCGGGGGGAGGGGAGGGAGGGAGGGGGCUCCGGCUGUGGUCGGCCGCUUGUUUUGGGGGGGGGGUCAGACUCAGGCAAGCCGCUUGGAAGGGUUUUGGGGAAGGGAUCCGGACGGUAGCCAGUCCCUUGUUCAGUGGAGAGGCAGAGAAAGGGGGGAUGCGAACCCGGUUCCCCCCAUCAUGAUGAAGACGGAGCCGCGCGGCCCCGGGGGCCCCCUUCGGAGCGCUUCCCCUCACCGUAGCGCCUAUGAGGCUGGGAUCCAGGCCCUGAAAACCCCGUCCGACACUCCGGGGGCAGACGAGGCCCCGAAGGUUCCCCAUCAUAAGAAAUAUGGCUCCAAUGUCCACAGGAUCAAAAGCAUGUUCCUCCAGAUGGGGACUGCUGGGCCUCCGGGUGGCUGGGGAGAGGGCAGCAGCGGGGCGGGGGGAGCCGGGCCCCCAGAUCCCCCUCCGAGGGUGCCCGAGCGCUCCGUGCGCCUCUCUCUGCCUCGGGCCAGCAGCCUCAACGAGAACGUGGACCACAGCGCGCUGCUGAAGCUGGGCACCAGCGUGUCGGAGCGGGUGAGCCGCUUUGACUCCAAGCCGGCACAGCCGGCCCAGCCCUCGCUACCGCCCCAGCCGCUGUCCAGGUUGCAGGAGACAAGGAAGUUGUUCGAGCGCAGCCCCGCCGGGGCGGCGGCCGGACCCGGAGGCGACAAGGAGGCCGCCACCCGGCGGCUCCUGAGGCAGGAGCGGGCCAGCCUUCAGGACCGGAAGCUGGACGUGGUGGUGCGCUUCAACGGCAGCACCGAGGCUCUGGACAAGCUGGACACGGACGCCGUGUCCCCUACCGUCAGCCAGCUGAGCGCUGUCUUCGAGAAGGCGGACUUAAGGUCUGGCCUCCACCGGGGGCCCGGCGCACCACCGCUCAACUCCAAGCUAGUCAGCAAGAGGUCUCGGGCUUUCCUGCCCACACCUCCCGCCCCGUCGGCUGAUGGGCCCAGCGAGAAGGAGCGGGGAUCUGGGGGACAGCCGCAGCCUCAGGGGCAGCCCCAGCAGCCGCUGCAGCGCUCGGCCCCGGUCCGCCCUCCUCCCAAGCCCCGGGAGGUGCGCAAGAUUAAGCCGGUGGAGGUGGAGGAGAGUGGAGAAUCCGAGGCCGAGGCAGCAGCGGGAGAGGUGAUCCAGGCUGAGGUGACAGUCCACGCGGCCCUAGAGAACGGCGCCGUGGCUGUGGCGGUCCCCGCCGGACCCCCAGAGGAGCAGAGCGCUCCAGCUGCCUUGGAGGAUGAAGGGGACGCAGAGAGGGGAGUAGGGGGCUCUGGAGGAAGCCGGGCGCCUGACGUGGCCCCGGAGGAAGGGGAUGAGUCCAAGAGGGAGGACUUCUCCGAAGCGGACUUAGUGGACGUGAGCGCCUACAGUGGGCUUGGGGAAGACUCUGGGGGGAGUGGGCUGGAAGAAGAGGAGGAGGAGGAGGAAGAGGAGGACGAUGAGGAGGAAGAUGGGGAGCCCCCCUAUGAGCCAGAAUCGGGUUGUGUAGAGAUCCCAGGACUCUCCGAGGAGGAGGAGCCGGUCCCCAGCCGGAAAAUUCAUUUCAGCACUGCACCCAUCCAAGUGUUCAGCACAUACUCCAAUGAAGACUAUGAUCGACGCAAUGAGGAUGUGGACCCCAUGGCAGCUUCAGCUGAAUAUGAGCUGGAGAAGCGGGUGGAGAGGCUGGAGCUGUUCCCUGUGGAGCUGGACAAGGACUCAGAAGGCCUGGGCAUUAGUAUCAUCGGCAUGGGUGCUGGGGCCGACAUGGGCCUGGAGAAGCUAGGCAUCUUUGUCAAGACAGUGACUGAGGGGGGCGCUGCACAUCGUGAUGGCAGGAUCCAAGUGAAUGACCUCCUGGUGGAAGUGGAUGGAACCAGCUUGGUGGGUGUGACUCAGAGCUUCGCGGCUUCCGUACUCAGGAACACCAAGGGCAGAGUGCGAUUUCUGAUCGGACGGGAACGUCCAGGGGAGCAGAGUGAGGUGGCCCAACUUAUCCAGCAGACACUGGAGCAGGAGCGGUGGCAACGAGAAAUGAUGGAACAGAGAUACGCCCAAUAUGCAGAAGAGGAUGAAGAGACAGGCGAGUACGCCACAGAUGAGGAUGAGGAGAUGAGCCCUACAUUCCCAGGCAGUGAAAUGGCCAUAGAGGUGUUUGAGCUGGCGGAGAACGAGGACGCCCUGUCCCCAGUAGAGAUGGAGCCUGAGAAGCUGGUGCACAAGUUUAAGGAGCUCCAGAUCAAGCAUGCUGUCACCGAGGCUGAAAUCCAGCAGCUAAAAAGAAAGCUUCAGGGCCUGGAGCAGGAGAAGGGCCGAUGGCGAGCUGAGAAGGCCCAGCUGGAGCAGAGCGUGGAGGAGAACAAGGAGCGCAUGGAGAAGCUGGAGGGCUACUGGGGGGAAGCCCAGAGCCUGUGCCAGGCCGUGGAUGAGCACCUCAGGGAGACUCAGGCCCAGUACCAGGCCCUGGAGCGAAAGUACAGCAAAGCCAAGCGGCUCAUUAAGGACUACCAGCAGAAGGAGAUCGAGUUUCUGAAGAAGGAAACUGCACAGCGUCGAGUACUGGAAGAAUCGGAACUUGCUAGGAAGGAGGAGAUAGACAAACUCCGGGACAAGAUAUCGGAACUAGAGGGGAACCUACAGACAAUGAGGAAUUCUAAUUCCACUUAACACAUACCCAAUCCCCAGUCAAUAUCUAACAACCCACUCCUUGGAUUUUCCUUUCCUCUUCUCCCUUUCCUCCCCUUCCCCCCCUCCCCAAUCCUUGCCCUUUCUUUUCUACUCCCCACCUGGGGACAGGUGCCCCAAUUCUCUCCUUCCCCUCCCAACCCCUUUCCCCCCUUGCUUCAGGGACCAGAGGAACAGCUGGGAAGGCCUCUGGACUUAGGGCUCAACUGGGUUAAUCUUUCAUUUGUCAAGUCAGAGCCCAAGCAGAAGUGGCUGGGGAGGGUGGCUUCCCUCUCUUGGCCUGAGUCCAUCCUGAAAGACAGUUUUGCCACCACCUCCCCAAGACUGAGGGUGCUGCCCAGGGUGGAGGGAGACUCCUGAUGACUUUGAGGGGUGCUAUGGGGUGAUCCCUCUUGCUGUCUCUGGGCAAGUCUGCGGGGUGAGUUCUGGAUGGACAAAUGGACCCACCACCCAAACUGUCCUACUCCAAGCCACUGCCUCCAAACUGGAAUGGGAAGGGACAUGGCUGGAGACUUCUGGGGAAUGGCUAUUAUGCUUCUUAGCCAACUCUUUCCCCUUUCCACUGUCCCUACCCCAAAGAUCUCACAAACUGAAGGGGCUGCCCUGGGUGCCCACCAGGGCCCCCAGGACCUCUUGGCUUUAGACUUCAUUCCUCUCUUUCCCCACUCCACUCCACUUCGGAGAUCAAUCUGCUGUCUCGGUUUCAUCCUAUUCCUCCUGCUUUGGGGGUGGGGGGAGCUUCCCCAACUUGUGCCCCAGUGCCCCUCUCCCAGCCCUGCCUUUCCUGGACUCUGGGCUUAGGGUCUAGGGCAGGGUGGAUAGAACAAGGGGAUGCUUGGAGUUCGGGUCAAGUCCUGCACUGAUUUCUGGUUGGUUUAUUUCCCUUUCCUGGUAUCCACGGAGGGGAAUUGUGAAGGAGCAAAGGGAGGGCCCAAGACACUUGGGUCCCCAACCUCCUACUCCUCACUUUCUGGGGGCAAACUCCAUUAGGUCAGUCUUCUCCCUGAUCCCAUCCCCUUCUUGCUGAGUUCUGUGCCCCUUCCUUACCACGAUUGCCCUACAGGUGCCAAAUAGUGAUAGAAUUCUUUUGUCCCUUUUAGUUUCUGGGCCUCUGGUGGAGACAGAUGGAGAAAGGGGGCAAGUAGAAAAUUCACUCUUUCUGGCUGUUUAGACUCUGAAUGUUAACUCUUCAACUCCUAGUCCUGGGUUAGGGCUUCUUUGAACAGUCUCUCUUCAGGGCACCCAUCUUCCCCCUAGUGCCUGUUGAGGGUAAAAACUCAACCUCUCAGUGGCUUAAGCCUUCCUGGCUCCCCCUUUUGGUUCAAUGCCACCUCCUCCAUUUCUACAUCCUAGCCCAUGGAUAUCUCUCUCUCUCUCUCUCUCUCUCUCUCUCUCUCUCUCUCUCUCUCUCUCUCUCUCUCUCUCUCUCUCUCUCUCUCUCUCUCUCUCUCUCUCUCUCUCUCUCUCUCAUCCCCUGUCCCCUCUUCUCCUUAGAGAUAGACUGUAGGCUGCCCAUGACCUACUUUCUAAAUAAGACCACCUCUUUCCACAUUUCCCCUCCCUGCUUCCACAGACCUACCCUUUCUUCUAAGAUUGGGGCUUGGACCAAGUGAGGAGAGAACCCACUAUUCUCCCCCUACUACCACCACCUUCAGAAUCUAUUGCCCACUUAGCUUUUUGUUUUGUUUUGUAGUUUUUUUACCUUUUUUCCCCCCACUACCAACCCCUGCAGUCCAAGGCAGGGGGGGUGGGAGGAAGGGGGAGGAUGUUGCUUGGGCCAGGGUUAGAGGUUACCCCAUCACUGUCUCCUCCCCGCCCAGCAGUUCCUCUUUUUUUUUUGUUUAGAGAGAACACUUAUAAUUUCUGCUUCCCCCUGUAAAUAGGCCUAUGAUCAGUAUUCUUGACUCCUUGCUCCAUCUCUGUUCCCUUCUCCCCUGCCUUCCCCGACAAAGAGCUGGAUGUCUCAGUGUCCCCACUCCUGGGCCCUGCCCCUUCUUCAUCCCCGGCAGAUGGAGGGACCUCUGGGGCAAAGGGGAGGGAAGGGAGCUCGAGGCUUAGGAUGGGGUGGGUGGCAGUGGGAGAGUGGGCCAGGGAGCAUCUCCAGUGUCUCUUGCCUGCCCCUCUCCCCUGCCCAGGGGCCAUGUCUCUGUAUAUAAUAUAUAUAUAUGUAUGUAUUGUCCCCGGUUUUGUAUGGACCAUGCCCUCUGUCAGGUUGUCCCCAUAAAAACAGCCCCCGACCCCA